GCUUUGACAGUUGUCAUUUGUCAGAUUUGUAGUUUUUGGUGUCGGUAUUGACAUUUCUACCGCAUCUUGAAUGUAUAGAAAAUACUAGUAAUUUCUUCAAAAUGAGCCGGCUUGAAGAGAAAGUCCUGAAUGGCCUAAGUGCUGUAGGGUACAAUGGGCUCCUUAUGCAAAAGCCGAACUUCCCGAUGGCUAUAGAAGGAGGGCCAAAAAGUGUCGAAUACACAAAGUUGGUCAAUUAUCUCACCAAUGAAAUUCGCACUUUGCUAGAGAUAGAUGAGGAAGUGAAUACCAUAAAUGCCCCAGAAGAUGCAGUGGCUUUCAUUAUGGAAGUCACGUCAUUCCUCAAAGAACUAAACUGUCCAUAUUCUGCUCUAACUCAGGGGCAUGUAUCAGAUCGUUUACAAAAUGUGGGUGAUAGGCUUUUACUGCUCGAUUAUCUGAUAACAGAAUUAAUGGGAGCUAGGAUACUCCAAGAAAAGAAGCCCUCAAAAAAGAUAGAACUGAAACUGAAAGAAACCCCAGAAGGCAAAGAUAUGAGGCUCAUCCUCCAAACCUUACGGUUUCCAAAACCACCUGCCAAUAUUUCUGUUAAGACUCUGUUUGAUAAACUUUGUCCCACUAUUCCAAUUGUUUUGGAAAAGGCUGGUGCAGAUAUUGUAGGGAGAGGCAUCUUCAAUGGACAUCUGUCCGAGAAGCAAUGGCAAGUCCUGAAUGAUAUGCAAGAGGACAUGAACAAGGAGUAUAAAAUUAGGAGAGAAAUGUUACUUACUAGGUUGGAUUGCACAAUUCAGUCGUUCCAGUGGUCUGACAAAACUAAAGGAAAAGACGAUAUGUUUGAAAAAAUCUACCAUGAUAAGCGAAGAUUGUUGAAAGUGGAUCCUGAUGUUGAUAUAGCUGAUCUUAUAGCAGCAAGAACUGACGUAGCUAUAAUAGAAAAGACGAGUAAUGCAUCUGUUAGAAAAUUCACCAAAACUCAACUGAAUAAAGUCAUUAUUGGAAGGGUUCCGGAUAGGGGUGGCAGAACAACAGAAAUAGCUCCUCCUCCUCCCGAAAUGCCGUCGUGGCAACAGCGUCAGCCUGGCGGAGGCGGUGGAUUUGGAGGCAGAGGAGGAGGCGGUGAUAGGGGUAGAGGCGGCGGUAGAGGAAGAGGGAGCGAUAAUUAUUCUAGAGGAGGAAACAGUUAUUCUGCUGGAGGAGGCGGCGGUUAUCAGCAUCAAAACUAUUCAGCAAAUAAAAGCUUCGAUAGCGUUGGUAGCUACGACAACAAAUUCGACAACCAAAAUCGCGGCGGAUACAAUCAAGGCAACAGAAGUUACGACAACAAAGGAGGUUAUGACAACCAAAAUAGAGCAGGGGGUUACGAUAACCAGAGUUACAGCCAAAACAGGAACAGUUAUGACAGAGGUGGAAGCGGCUUUGACAAUCAGAAUAGAGGUUAUGAUAGUGGCAGAAGCUCGCACGGCGGGCAGGGAGGCGGUUCCUAUGAUAGAUUCGAAAGCAACAGAGGUAGUUAUUCCCAAGAUUACCAUCAGUCAAAGCGGGCUAAAACUUACGAUUCUUUUCAAGCCAAUAAGCAGACGUACGCGGAUCAGUACGUGCAAGAGAGCCACCAUAACCAACAGUACCAAAGAGGGGGCGGUGGAGGAGGUAGAGGUGGAGGCCGGUCGAAUUAUCAGAGGGGAGGGGGCAGGGGAAGAUAAAAGUAUGCGCGAUGUUAUGUACUGAUGGGUGUGUAUUUGAAACUGAGCUUGAUGCUUCUAAGAUUCGCUAUGUAAGAAAGUAAUUGUGUAUCAUUAUUGCGUGUAUGUUGCUUGUCACAUUACUUAAAUUAUUACAGCAGUUUGUUAAAGACGCAUUUAUGUACGUGAUUUGUGUCGCACGACAGUGUUACUGGACAAUGGUCUACAUAAAGGGUUUUCCAUUUAGGACUUGGCAACUUUCUUUUUAAAUAAAACGCAAACCAUUUGAGAUAUCUCGAAAAUUUUAUUAAUGGAUUGAAGUGUAUUUAUGUGAUGAAUGUGAACCCAAUUUUCAAUGACUCGGCCACACAUUUCGACACAAACGGCCGCUUUCUCUCGUUCAUUAUUUGGCUCUGAGCUUAUCUGACGACUCCGGCUUGUUGGCAUAGACCAAUGAUUUAAUGUAGCCCCGCAAAAAAAGUCUAGAGAUGUUAAAUCACACGAUCUGGGCGGCCAUUCGACAGGACCAUUUCUCGAUGUAACACGUUCACCGAAUUUCAAUAUGUCGAUUGUUUCACCCGCUGUGUGGCUUGUGGCACCGUCUUGUUGAAACUACAUACCAUUAAUGUCUAACCCAUCCAAUUGACCAAAAAAAUAACGUUGCAACAUUUCUCUGUAGCGAUCUCCGUUGACUGUAUCGUGACGUCAUUUUCAUCAACCAAAAAAAAAAAACGGGCCAAUGACACUACCGGCUUGAAAACCAUACCAUACAGUUAUUUUUUGUGGAUGAAAUCGUGUAAUAACGCAUAUUCUGUUUGUUGACGAAGCCGCUUAGCCAAAAAAGCGCCUCAUCAUUGAAGAUGAUUUUGCGAUGAAAUUGGCAAUUUUCCUGCAACAUUUCUAGAACCCAAUUCGAGAACGUACGUCGGUUCAUAUGAUCGGCUUUAGUUGUUGAAUUAACCUUGAUCUUAUAGGGAUGCAGGCCAAGAUCUCUUCGCAAAAUUCGCCAUAGUGUGGUCUGAGCGAUGCCCAAUUCUUGAGAACGCUGUGGAAUCAACGUGUUCUGUUCGUCUGCGACAGAAGCUUGAACGGCAGCAAUAUUCUCGGCAUUUCGACCAACCCGCUGUCUCACUUUCACGGAACAUCCAGCAGCGAAUAUGUGGACUCAAAUUUUUUUACUAGACUACGAAUUGCUUGUCUACUGGGACGACAAUUACGAUCAAAAAUUGGCGUUAACGCUCUUAAAGCUGCAGUCACUCACUCGAAAUUUCGGUAGUAAAUUUUAAUUAUUUUUAAGCGUUGUUCGUUCGUGUACUUCGCCAUGAUGAAAAUGUUUUGACAUUGACAGUUCGGUAAUUGAUUCAAAGGUGCGUUCACAGUGAAAGUUAUCAAGUCCCUAUUGGAAAACCCAACACUUCUUUCCCUAUUGAAGGUUGGCGAUCCAACUUGAGACAACAGCAGCUCGGAAAAUUUCGACCGAUGUUUCUGCGUACCAAUUCGUAUUUGUGAGUAAUUGAAAAAAUGCGCUACCAUAUUCGAAAAACAUACGUUACUAUACACAUUUUAAAAUAAAGCGGAUGUGUCUAUCAUCUUAUGUUGCGAAUUACUCACAAAUACAAAAUGUUUGAAUUUGUUUAGAAGAAAAAACGUAACCCAUCCUUUUUGCAUAAAAAUAACAUUUAUCUUCCGGGAUGGUUUGCGAUUUAUAUAUGCAAGGUAAACUAGUGUAUUUUGCUAUGAAAUACCCUUUGAACUAACCCUGUAUAUUGGUCAAUAAACUGGUAGUGAUGUCCGAAAAACAGGUGUUUACGGAAUAACAAUUAGAAAUUCUCAAAACUACUUGACCAAUCUACUCCAAAUCUGUUGUGGUUAUUUAGAAGUACGAAUUUGGAGAAAUUCAAAUAUCUGCGGAAAACCAUCGUCGCAUUACCAGGUGCCAAAACUUGCAGUUUGUCUCGUUUUCGGUCAUAACUUUUUUGCUAUUAGUCGGAUCUUUUUACGUGUGGUGUUAUUUUGUAGGUCAUAAAUACCUAAAAGUCUUAUAUGAAGAGUGUUUUCGUUUAUGCCAACACUUUAAAUUGAAUCCCAAAAAACACGUUUUCUCAUUCUUUAUUGUCGAAUAAAAAGUUUUCCCACAAAAAAUGGUGUGCCCCUUGAACAACUGGCAGCAAUUAAACACUUCACAAUUAUUUCGAAAACUAAGGGUAUUUUCGUCUAAUAUGAUUAUACUAUAUGAGC